AUGGCGGUCUUAAAGGUAACGUUCACCAAGACCACUCGGGGCAAGCUAUCCCAGGUGUUGUGGGUCCUCAACUGGAUCUCUGUGUUUAACGGGCAUCAUCCUCUUCAGCCUGGGCCUCUUCCUGAAGGUGGAGAUCCAGAAACGAAAGGAGCUCAUGUCCGCUGAUGUCCACUCAGUGCCCGACAUGCUCAUCGCCACGGGCCUGGUUGCCUGCGCCAUCAACUUCCUGGGCGGCAAGAUCUGCUACGAUUGCGUUGACACCACCAAGUUCCUGCGCUGGAAGCUGCUGAUGCUGCCGUACAUCGUGUGUACCUUCCUCUUUACCUUCUGCAUCCUGGUGGGCGCGCUCAUGUGCUACAGCAUGCGGAACGAACUGGAGGAGUCACUGUUUCUGGGAUUGCGUAACGCCAUGCUCUACUACAAGGACACAGGCACGCCGGGACGAUGUUAUCUCAAGCGCACAGUGGAUUUGCUGCAAAUCCAAUUCCAGUGUUGCGGAAACGCCGGCUUCCGCGAUUGGUUCCAUGUCCAAUGGAUCAACAACCGCUGGUUGGACAUGACCCACAGUGAAGUAACAGAGUAAGUACAAAGGAGUACAGUACAUCACCACUCUGGUCCUGUCUGGACCCCUCUACCCAGCUCUGGUCCUGUCUGGCCCCUCUACCCAGCCAUCAGGGCCAGAGUCUACCCAGCCAUUAUGGCCACAAUCUAUCCAGCUGACAGGGCCAUAGUCUACCCAACUGACAGGGCCAGAGUUGAAGGUACUUGAUUAAUCCGAUUGAACCUGUGAAUAACCCCAACAAAAGGUGCCAUCUUCGUGCCUUGCAAGACUGUGACAAAAUAUAUACUAACACAUUCAUAGUGAACAGUACCCGAAGCAGAUGCUACCUGCUGUCAACACCAGUACACCAGUCCUCCUCAUUAAGCUGCCCAGUCAAACCGUUAAGCAGCAACACUGUAUCGAAUGAAAAAUGGUAAGGUUGCGAGAGAGGCUUAUCCAGUAGGGGUCAGGAUGUCACUGUGACAGGAAAUGACCCGGCAGGUUGAAUAAUGUAUCUUUCAAUAUCUGGUUUGUUUAGUUUUUUUACUGCAUCAAAGUGACUUAUACAAACAGAUUCAAAGUCCAGGUAAAAAAUUCAUCUCUCUCUCUCUCUCCUCUCUAGCUAGAGGCUCUCUCAGAGUGCGUCAGAGGCCUCUCUCUUCUGAGAGGGAGUACUCCUCCUCUCUCUCUCGCGAAAGAGCGGAGCUCGCGUCUUCGCUCUCUACUCUCUCUCAUCUCUCUCUGCUCUCUCUCUCGUCUCUCUCUCUCCCUGAGUCGUCUCUCCUUCUCUCUCUCUCUCUCCCCUUCAUCGUCUGAGGAGUAACGUGGAGGGCAAGUACCUGAUGGAUGGGGUACCUUUUAGCUGCUGCAACACCUUCUCUCCACGACCCUGCAUCCAGACACAGGUCACCAACAACUCCGCCCACUACAACUAUGAUUGGAAGACGGACGAGCGCAACCUGUGGACGAGGGGCUGCCGCCAGGUCCUGCUGGAUCAUUACACCAACAUCAUGCAGUCCAUCGGGUUUAUCGUGCUCAUCAUCUGGUUGUUCGAGGUUGGCUUUACAUAUCCAACGCUCCAUUCUUAUCAUUUACUUUGAAUAAGUCACUAUGGGUUGACAUACCCUUUAUUUUACAGUCAUUAUUAACUUUGCCAUGACUUGGUACGUGACGGUGAUAAUAUUAAUAAUUAUGGGGUAGUGUAGAAUAUCGAACCCAGAGUAGACAAGGGAGGUGAUAGGUGGGAAUGAGGAGGGCGCAUGGUUGUAGAAAAAUAGUACUUGAUUUAUUGCAGAUGAAGGAUUUUCGGAAACAUGGCUUGCGUUGAAAACAGUCCGGUCCAUCGCAGUAACAUUUAGGAUACAAAAACUCUAAAAAAAUGACGAUGAUGGCGAGUCUAAAGCUCAGCCCCUCAAUAGGCUCCUACUGCAGCUAUACUAGGCCUAAAUGCUAAACAAUACAACUAGGGAUUACCCCUUUUCCAGCUCUAAGCAGAGCCUAACUCUCCCCUUACUGGGACUAAAGAGCGUCUACCAGGACAGCUAAAAUCAACUGUCUGUAUAUACAGGACACAACAAACAAACUACUAUCGAGCACAUUGUAAAAUGGUAUUCAACCGCGAUUUGAGAGAAAAGGACUGCGUUUUUACCUUAGCGCCUAAACCUCUACCAUAACAAUUAACCAAUGAGAAUGUACAUUUAAUUAACUGAACUGUAUUUUGUUAAUGGAAAACAUGAUUUACGUCAGUUGCAUUCAUUAGUUUAAAUGACCAUAUUUAGUCAAGUACACUAGUUUAAAAGACAGAGCAACAUCAACUAGAACAUGAUUAGAACUCCUACUGAGGGAGAUGCGUGGGUGAACUGCACGUUAACUAUCUAACUCACCACAACUGGCUUGAACCUGAGCAAUCAACUCGGUAGCAAACAAUUAAGGUCAGCACACCUAAACUGCUGGAUAGCUACUCAUGACAACGGACUAAAUGCACUUUAUCCAAAACCACACAUGUCAUUUAUAUACUUGAGUAUUUUAGAUCAUAUUAAACUUCAUGAAAUACGUUUGAAAUACUUUUUUUAAAAUGGUGAUGAGACCAGUCCAAGGCUGCCUCAUCACAGGUAGUUUGAGGGAGAAUAUCCAGAAUGAGGUGAUUGCUGCCAUCACAUGACACAUUUGGUUUAUGACAACUCUGGUUGUGGAGACGGGGUGCACCUACGUCCUACACAUCAUCAUUACAGGCCAGACAAAGCUUCAGGAGGACACCCAGAUAUUCCAGUCCGGUGACCUGACUGUGGCAGAGGAGGUUACCCUGAGGGCAACACAAUUGGUGUACCCGGUCUCCAUGGAGGUGCCACUCUCCCAAGACCAAUUUGUCCAGGGGCUGAUCACCUUAGAGGGGACAGCCACGAAAGACAGUACGGCCUUCGCGAGAAGCACAGGAACAUUACCCUCACUGGGGCAAUGGGAGAAGUAUGUGGUCGCCCCGUGGAGGGAGGGAAUAUGAGAUAUAUAGAUCUCUUUUCAAUAAUGAAGAGAUAUCUACGGUGUAAUUCAACUUCCAUUUUUCUCCAAGUGGCUGAUAGCUUCUUUAUGUCUCUCUGGUAGUGUAGAGCUACAAGGUAUUAACAAGGUAGAGUGACAUCUUUUCUCUUUGUCUCCCAACAGCUAUGGGUGCUGACGGGCGUGCGCUAUCUCCAGACAGCUAUGGAGAACGUUCUACGGCAGGGUAACCCCGACCUGGAGUCUGACGGCUGGCUCCUGGAGAACAGCAUUGCCCAGACGGCCCGCUCUAACUUCAAAAUCAUCAAGAACCUAGGCAAGUGCUACCAGGUGGACGAUGAUCCUAACAUCGAUGUGCCCAGCACCGCUCAGCAAGAGGUAUCCACUUGCCAGAUCCCUGUGGCUAGAUAG